UUGUAAGGCAUCAAUAUUGCCAAAAGAGAUAGUACUCCAACAUCUACAAAAUCGUGAUGGUGACUGGAGGAACCAACGUUUUUAUAAUACAGUCAUUAGAGAGCUAAAUGAAGGUGGAUGUUUAAAAUAUCAAAUUAAUCUAGAAAAAAUUAAAAACACAGUUGUUGAUAUUCUUGUGGGUAAUUUGCAAUAUGAAUGGUAUAAACAGCAAGAUACCUUAGUUAGUGAAAGGUUACCAUCAUCAACAAUACCAAUAGAACUUUCUGAUAAUAGUGAAUGUAAACAAUCUAUAACUAUUGAUCAAUGUGAAAUUCAUCCGACUUAUAACCAGGAAUGUAGUGUUAAUAUAGAACUUAUUGUUGAUAUAAAUUUUGGUGAAUAUAUUAAGUGGUUAGACUUAUGGAUGUUGAUGUCUGUUUUUCCUGUAUCUGAUUGUCGCUUUUAUUGGAGAACAAUACAGGAGCAUAUAAAACCUAUGAAUGCUUUUAAUUUUCAAUCUGUAUACGGAUCCUAUUAUUCAAAAGUUGCAACUGUUAAUAAUGUAUAUUUAAUUGCAGCUUCGUUGAAAGAUAGAAAACCACAGUGUGUUAUUGCAACUGCGUCAACUACAACAAUUGCUGAUGAGGUUGAACAUAUAGUUAAAGAGCGCA